AGAGAGAGAGAGAGAGAGAGGGGUGCGGUGGUGGGCUGGUGGCUCUGGGUUGAAUCUUCAUCCACUCAAAAAAUUUCUGGGUUUCUUUUCCUUUUCCUCUUCUCCUUUUCGGUUGGCUUUUCUUCGAGGUUUUCCUUUCUUCUUCGCCUUGUCCUUUUCGUCUCUCCCCCUUUUUCUUCCUUCCUUUCUCUUGUUCGUCAAUAAUCGAACCCCUUCUUUCAAUUUCGUCAAUCGUUCUCCAGUUUUCUCAAACGAACGCGGAGGCGAGCCGUCGGAGGUGAAGAAUUUCAGCUGCUGGAAUCGUCCACCUAAGGUACGGGAGGUUUCUUAUCUUGUUGGGGGGAGUCGGGUUUUCAUCCAAGAAUUAGCAGAUCCCGUCUCUUAUUUCUUCUCCGUUUCCUGAGUUUUUAAUUGUUGGUAGCUAAUCGCCUUCUCCGCCGGCUACGGCUCUCUCCGAAUUGCGACGAUCUGACCGAGAUUGUUUGAUUGGAGAAAUACCCAGAAAUUAAAAUUCGUUUUAUUUUCUUUAAGAAUUAUAGUAAUAAUAAUAAUGGAAAAUAAAAUUUGAAAAGGGGGAUUGGUUUUGGCGUGACGACUGAUGUAGAUUAUAGAGACGCCAGAUCCUUUCAAUCGCUUGAAUUUGGACGGUUUUGAUUUCGUUACCUGGCUGGGUUGAUGCAAGUAAAACUUGCGCGGAUGCAGGCGAUUUUUCUGGUGGGGAGAUAAAAUUCGGUGAGCUGGAAUCCAUUUUUAAUGUCUAUUUUAUUUUGGAUUCCUCAAGAACCUGCCGGAAUUCCACUCUGGAUUUAAUUAGUUGGAUUUUUCCUAGUUUAUUUUUUAUUGUAUUGUAUUUAAAUUGCAGUCAAUUUUGUCCACAUACGGCACCGCAUUAGGCACGGUUACAGGGGGCAUUCCCGUCAUUUGGGUAAGACUCACGCGUGUGUUGUUUAUUUGUCGAAUUGUCGUCUCCUUGUUUAACUCGGAGUUACCAAUCCGGACAUUUCCCAGAAUGCCCCCGGCAACAAUAAAUCCUUGUUCCUGGGUGAACCGGUAAAUACCGGGUCUUCCCUGCCAAGGAAGGGAAAGAAAGAAGAGUCAUUAACCGACAAAGCAACGUUAUUUAUUUAGAUUACGCCUUGUAUAAAUCGAUAACUCCUAUCGAAAUCAAAAUUUGCCCUUUCCCUCUGAAUUCUCAGUCAGAGCUUGGAAACAUAAUCACGAACUCGAUAGCCACAGAGAAGACCCUGUUCUCUCUCUCUGGCUUCUCGAUAUAGGGGAAUCGUGGGGGGAAGAUUUGCCGUGUUUCGAUAAAACCCUAAUUUGAUUUUCUCUGGUUUCUCUUUUCUUUGAAGCUCCUUUGCUGGGUUCAUUGAAACUCCUUGAAGAAAAUAAGAUGGGUUCGGAGCAGAACGACGGAACGAGCUUCCCACCGGCGGAGCCAAAGCUUUGCGCUAACGGGUGUGGGUUUUUCGGCUCGCCGUCCAACAUGAACCUCUGCUCCAAGUGCUACAGGGAAAUACGGGUCUGCGAGGAGCAAGCGGCGUCGGCCAAGGCCGCCAUGGAGAAGACCCUCAGCUUCAAAUCGAAGAAGCCUUUGUCGGAAGCUGAAUCGAUCGCCGCAGACAUCAAAUCUGUAGCGACGGCGGCGGAGCAUGUGAUUGCUCUGGAGAAAUCAUCGGCAGCGGCAGCAGGGUCGUCAUCGUCGGAGGCGAAAGUGGUUGCGGUGGCGGCGGAGGUGGCCAAGGCGGCGAAUAGGUGCUUGACCUGCAACAAGAGGGUCGGGUUGACGGGGUUUAAGUGCAAGUGCGGCAGCACCUUCUGCGGGUCUCAUAGGUACCCGGAGAACCACGAUUGUGACUACGAUUUCAAGGAAGCCGGGAAGAAUGCAAUCGCCAAGGCCAAUCCGGUCAUCAAGGCUGACAAGGUUGAGAGGUUGCAGUGACAGUGAGCGACUUGCUGUGGAGAUAAUACCUGCCCCUGGCACGACUCUUGGGUCAUAUGAGUUGAGCAUUGUUCACAUGAUCGGCAACACCGUCCUCUGCAAUUCUGCAAAGCAGCAGAGAACACCCUUCGUGGAUCAUGUU